UAUUUGUAGUAGUAUAAUUUUUUGAACUCCUCCGAGUUUGAAAGUUGCGGCACGAUACACGUCUGACAAAGUAGGGGAAAUUUGCUCAGCCUCAGUAGAGGAAGUAUCUAAAAACAAAUGUUGCUACAUAUGUAAGUCGGGCGCAGAACAGGAAUAGGAACUUUGCAAAACAGCUGCAGAAGCAGCAGCAAAUUUGCAAAGAAAACCACAGGGGUACAUUUUGUGCAUCUUUCUUUUCUUCAAAACCAGUGCAGGUGCGCAGACACAGAGAGAGAAGUCGUCUUCUUGAGUUUUUUCCACAGGUGCUUGUGAAAAAAAGAUGAGCGACUCACUAGAGAGGACGACAGAGUGCCCCUCGUCUCUCGCCAUGGAGGACUCGGGCCCGGACGGGGAGAGCGGCGCGGAGUACCGCUGGGAAGAUGAAGGUCUGCCCAUGGCGCUCCAGAGAGGCAUGGAGGACUUGCGGGUCAACGUCGAGCUGACCGACGUGGUCGUGCGUGUUCAGGGACGGGACUUCCCUUGCCACAGGGCCGUCCUCGCCGCGGCCACUCAAUACUUCAGGGCCAUGUUCUGCAGCGGAUUGAAGGAGAGUCACGAGGAAAGCGUGGAAAUGAAGGGACUGGACAGCGAGACGAUGCAGACUCUCCUGGAAUACACGUACACCAGCCAGGCCCUCCUCACGCCGUCAAACGUGCAGAAGGUACUGGAAGCUGCCUGUCUGUUCCAGUUUUUGCGCGUGGUGGACGCAUGUGUUGGCUACCUAAGCAGAUCUCUGGAUGCGAAUACUUGCGUUGGGAUCCUAAACCUAGCCGACCGCUACGCCCUUCCCACUCUCAAGACCGAGGCCCAGGACUACAUCGUCUCCCGGUUCUCCCGGGUGGUCCAGCAGCAGGACUUCCUGGAAGUGGCGGCUGAGUCACUGGAGACCAUCCUGAAGCGAGACGAUCUGGACGUGAGGUGCGAGGAGCGUGUUUUCGAGGGCCUCAUGCGCUGGGUCAGAGCCGAGCAGGACCAACGGAGCCCCUUACUGGCCCGGUUGCUGUCGUACGUGCGGCUGCCGUUGGUGGAACCGGCGUACUUUGUGGAAAAAGUGGAGGGUGAUGAACUGGUCCGCAGCUGCAGCGAGAGCUUUCCUCUGCUGCAGGAGGUCCGCACCUUUCACCUCUCCGGAAAAGAGGUGGUGUCCGAACGAACCAAACCGCGCAUGAGCCACUUCCUGUCAGAAGUGUUCCUCAUCAUCGGCGGCUGCACCAAAGACGACCGCUUCAUUUCCACCGUUACGUGCUUAGACCCGCUCAGACGCAGCAGGCUGGAAGUUGCUAGGCUACCGGGCACCAACACCGGGGAGGAGGCCCAGAACAGGAAAUGGGUGGAGUUUGCGUGCGCGACCUAUCGCAAUGAACUUUAUAUAUCUGGGGGAAAAGAGACCCUGAGAGAUGUUUGGAAAUACAACGGAGCCCUGGACAAGUGGAUCCGGAUCGAGCCUCUGAUGACAGGCCGCUGGCGGCAUAAGAUGGCCGUCCAAGCCGGGCGGGUGUACGCAUUAGGUGGCUUCGAUGGUGUGAAUCGGCUCGAUUCCGUAGAGGCCUAUGACCCCUUUCACAACCGCUGGACGCAGGUGGCGCCACUCGCGCUGGGCGUGAGCUCCUUUGCUGCCGCGAGCUUUGACAAAUGGAUCUACGUGAUCGGUGGCGGGCCCAACGGAAAGCUGGCGACCGAUUUGGUUCAAUGCUGGGAACCUGGGACUGACUUCUGGGAGUUGCGGGCGCCGAUUCCCAUCGAAACGAAAUGCACCAAUGCCGUUAGCUUCAAGAACUGCAUCUACGUAGUUGGUGGCGCUCUGCACACGAUGUACCGCUACUGCCCUCUCUCCGACUCCUGGUCUGUGGUGACCCGGCUCGGGGAAAGGGCGAGUUGCGCCAUCGCCGCCUGCAGCAACAAACUCUUCAUCACGGGAGGCCGGGACAACAAGAACCACGUCAUCUCCACGGUGAUGUGCUGGGACGUGGAUGAAAGCGUCCUGACAGAAGAAUGCGCCUUGCCCAUGGGCGUUUCGCACCACGGCAGCGUGACACUGUUGAAGUCCUAUACCCACAUGCACAGAGUCGCGCCUGUUGCCGACUGACAUAGAACUUGAAUGAAAGGAACGCAAUUGUAUAACUGUACCUUUAAGUUGUGUAACUAUGGCGUAGCUCCCCCACACCAGUAAAGUUUAACUUUUAUUGAUAAGAUAUUAUAUUUUAAACAAGAGGGGAGGGGGG